AGAGUAAUCUGGAGGAGAGAGAAAAAAUAUAUAAUAGAGAGAGAAGGGGGGAGGGGGGGAGAGAGAGAGAGAGAGAGAGAGAAGGGGAGAGCUGCUGUAGCACAUGGCUUCGCUGCCGCUGGGACCUCAUCACCACCACCAUGACCAUUCGAAGCUCGGCGUCGCGCCUCCUCCCCCCCGACUCCCGGCGGGGACCGAUUCAGACAAGGAAAUGACACCUGCUGUUGUUGAGGGAAAUGACCAAGUCAAUGGUCACAUCAUUUCAACGACAAUUGGGGGCAAAAAUGGUGAACCUAAACAGACUAUUAGUUACAUGGCUGAGCGGAUAGUGGGUACUGGAUCAUUUGGAAUUGUUUUCCAGGCAAAAUGCUUGGAAACCGGAGAGCCUGUGGCCAUAAAGAAGGUCCUACAGGAUAGGCGGUAUAAAAAUCGUGAACUUCAAUUAAUGCGCCUGAUGGAUCACCCAAAUGUGGUCUCUCUGAAGCACUGUUUCUUUUCUACAACAAGUAAAGAUGAGCUUUUCUUGAAUCUGGUCAUGGAAUAUGUGCCUGAGAGUUUGUACCGUGUUCUUAAGCAUUACAGCAAUGCAAAUCAGAGGAUGCCACUCAUCUAUGUCAAACUUUAUACAUAUCAGAUAUUUAGGGGGCUAGCUUAUAUUCAUACAGUUCCUGGAGUUUGUCAUAGGGAUAUCAAGCCUCAAAAUCUCCUGGUUGAUCCCCUCAGCCACCAGGUUAAGCUUUGUGACUUUGGAAGCGCAAAAGUUCUGGUAAAGGGUGAGGCAAAUAUAUCUUACAUUUGCUCUCGUUACUACCGAGCACCAGAACUCAUAUUUGGUGCAACAGAAUAUACGACAUCCAUUGACAUUUGGUCAGCUGGUUGUGUACUUGCUGAGCUGCUUCUGGGACAGCCCUUGUUUCCUGGAGAGAAUGCAGUGGACCAGCUUGUAGAGAUUAUCAAGGUUCUUGGUACUCCCACUAGGGAAGAAGUUAGAUGCAUGAAUCCUAAUUAUACAGAUUUUAGGUUUCCUCAGGUUAAAGCUCACCCGUGGCACAAGGUAUUUCACAAGCGUAUGCCUCCUGAGGCGAUUGAUCUUGCGUCAAGGCUGCUUCAAUACUCCCCAAGUCUCCGUUGCACUGCAUUGGAAGCAUGCGCUCAUCCUUUCUUCGAUGAGCUUCGGGAGCCUAAUAUUCGUCUUCCAAAUGGUCGCCCUUUGCCCCCUCUUUUCAACUUUAAACAAGAAUUGGUUGGAGCUUCACCCGAGUUGAUCAGCAGGCUGAUACCCGAGCAUGUUCGACAGCAAUUUAGUCUCAACUUCCAGCAACCAGCUGGCACGUAAGGUGGGAACAACUUUUUUGUUAGUCAAUGGAUGUUAAAUCAAAAGGAGCUUCUAUGGAUUCUAUCACCUCGGGGGGACCUUGGUCUAAUGAUCGACAGACAUAUCCUUGCACGCAUGCAUGCAUAUACUGGCUGGCUGCUCAGCUUAACCUGGAGUUUGGCGGACCCCAUCUACUUCUACUAUGUCAUCUUAAGCUAAACCAAACUUAUCCCCCCCCCCCCCCCCCGCUUUGUACAUUGUUUUGGUGGUAAAGAUUCUGGGAAAGGUAGGGAGUACAAAAAUGGUAAUGCUGUGUGUUAGGUAGCUAGGCAGUUGCUCCCAAGGAACAACAGGAGAUGCAGUCCUAAAGAAUCUUUGGAUUUGCCUUGUUUUCAUAUAUUAGCUUGUUUUGUUUCCUAAUUUAAAUCUUUCUCCAA